AUGUCUCCAGCAAUUUUCGACUGCCCCAAAAAGGCGUUCCUCUCCUUGGUUGGUUGCGGACACAGCAGCAAAGGUAUCAACAAGGCCAACGACAUCACCAAAUCGCUUUACCUUGCUCAAGAACCAGUUCCCGGCCUAUACUCAAUUGACCAGGAAAAAAGGCGUUACUUAGUCGCCCUCAAGACCAACGGAGGAGGGGAUACUGGGAGACUGUUCAAGAAAAACGGACAUGGAGACUUGCCAUCUGAUCCAGAUUUCGUCAAUAACAACUUAAAUAACAUAAUGAGGAACACCUUGGACUACCGCAUCAACCAUUCGUAUGCUGUUUUUGUAUACAACGACAACAACGACAACAACGACAACAACGACAACAACGACAACAACGACAACAACGACAACAACGACAACAACGACAAAGAAGUCACCAACUGGCAAACAAAUAUCGAUAUCAACGAGCCGCUACCUCCUCCAUCAGUGGACUUUGGUAAGAAGCCUUUCCAGAUCUGUAAUAGACAAGUGCUGAUGACAGGAACAGCACAAGAACGCUACUCAUCUCUCGCUUCCUCCUCAUUCAUGCCCUCCGCAUCCAGCCAGCAAAACAAACGAGGCGACAACUAUUCCUUUUGCAGCUCCAACAUCGAUGAGUGCCCACCCAUGAAAUACACCCGCCGGGAUGAUUCCGACUCUGAAGAUGGCUCCGACACGGAAUCUAUCUCUGGGUUCUCAUUCCAACUCGGUGAAGAUAAGCUCACGCUCGACUCCAAAUGGCACUAUGAUAGAGUUCCGCUUUCGCAAAUGCAACAAACAGCGCAACAAGAGAAUGAUUCCACCUCAACUAUCAGUAUGGAUGAAGACUUUGUCAGGCCCAACACCUCAGCUACCUCAUCCUAUGCUCACAACCUAACGGCAUCCAAAAAACGACGUCGAUUCGGUCUUUCCCUAAACCAGCCAAAAAAGUCACUUACCAAUAUUUUCAAAAAGAACCAUGCAAACCCCACCACCAACAACAACGGCAGUUCCUACUACCCAGCCGUCAAACUCCCCCACUACACCUUCCUCGAAAAGCCCUUCGAGAUAACCUCCAGCGCCAUCCACAACCGAUGGUUCAUCAAGUCCGAACUCGAUCAACGAACACUCUACCGCAACACGUGUGCAGCCUACAACUGCACCUGCGAGGACUACUGUCAGAGAAUGGUGUUGCGACGUUGGAAGUUGCUGGAUGAUGGGUAUUCGUGGGUUCCAAAGGAUGAGCAAGUUCUUCUUGUGGAUACACCUCCUCCACCGCCAGCAUCACAUACAUUUACAGCGUCCUCGGGCUUCUGGUCAUUCCUUCGAAAAAGCACCCAUAAAGCACCCCAACCCAACACGCAAGCCACGAUUCGAACCCAACUCAAAGACCCCUCCGACGACGAAGACGACUACGAAAAUACACCCAAUAAACCUCUCCCUACCAACCACCACCAGCAAUAUCUCGUCGGCCAAGCGAGAGGCGAUAAAGUCGGCACGGAAGGAGAGGUGUUAUUCUUCCUUGAGAGGAAGGACAAUGGGGAUGUGCAGAUGAGGGCUAUGAGUGAGGCGGAGAUGGACGAAGCGAGGAAGUUGCAGAGGGAGAGGAGGGGGAUGUUCUUGGUUUUUGAGGGGAAUGAGGGGGCGAAUGAGAGGGUUUUGGGGCUGGGGAGGGUUUUGGAGAGGGGUGGGGAGAUGUGGACUUUUAUGAGUCGGUAG